AUGGCGAUGUGGGCGAAAGCUCAUGUCCCAAUUUUGAGGUUGGUGAUGGGGAUAUUCAACUCUGAUGAUGAUAAAUCUGAAAAAGUUGCUCCUGCAGAUUUGGAGGUUAAUGAUCAAAAUGUUUCUAGUGAACUUGUGCCAAAGCCUACUACAUCGCCCCCAGGGACGGGCCCGGCCUUCGACUGCAUGGCUUACUCCGUGCAGCUGGAGGGCAUCCCCAUCCCCAAGACCGUGCUCUGGUGGAUGGUGAACUCUGACACGCAGUUCACCUUCCUUCUCAGACUUAGCCUCGCCAUGACAAUUAACAAGGCACAGGGACAGAUCAUCCCGAAUGUCGGCGUGUACCUCCCUCGGCCAGUGUUCUCUCAUGACCAGCUAUACAUCGCGCUACCUAGAGCCACUACCAGAAGGAAUAUCAAGAUCCUCGCCACCUUAGAUGACGAUAAGAAAAAGGAGAAGCACUCAAAGAAGAAUGGGACAUUGGAGCGAAAAUGA